AUGCCACGAAAAAGUGCCAUGCGUGAUAAUGUGAACGUAGUUCGUUCUCAAUUGCCUCAUUUAUCUGAUCUUUCACGUGAAAAGAUUGAACUAGCUUUACUUUAUUAUGAAUUAAAUAUUGACGAAACUGUUGAAGCAUUUAAAAGAAAUGGUGCAUUUGAAGCUCUCGGUGGUUGGACUGAAAUGGGUAAUGGUCGAGGAAAUGCUUCAUCGAAACGAACAAAUAAUAAUACUCGCAAUAGAAAUAAUAAACCAUCAACAUUAUCAACAAAUUCAUCAUUACAAAAUCGUCCAUCCAAUGGAAUUUUACGACCAUCUCAACGUGUAUCAAAUCUAUUUCAAACAUUUGCUGAAGGUGGUAUACCAACAAUAACUACUAACGGAAGUACAACAAUGUCUAAUACAACUGCUUGUUCACCGUCAUCAAUAUCAUCAUCAUCUUUUAUUGAACAAUCUGAUAAUAAUCAUGAUUUAACAAUAACUCAGGAUGUUAUUCAAGAUGAAACAACCGAACAACACAAUUCAACAAAAUCACAACUUCGAAAUCAUAUGCAAAAUCAUGAUGAUCCAAGCUCAUCAACAACACAUAAUCAUGAAUUAUCAGCAAUUAACAAUAGCCAACAAACAACAACAGCAAUAAUUGCUAAUAAUAAAAAACUUCUUACAAAAUCAGUGAAAGAUCUUCAACGACAAACAUCAACAUUAACAAAUGUUGAAAUAUUAUUCAAUAAUGAAAUUAAAUCAUCAAUAAAACGUAUUGAUGAUACAUUUAAACAAAUUCAUGAAAUAAUAAAAGAACGUGAAGUUGAACUUUAUUUAGAAAUGGAUAAAGUUAAAGAACAAGGUUUAAAUAUAAUACAUAAUCGACAAAAACGUGGUAUUGAAUUACGUCAACGUAUUGAUCGUUGUGAUCGUCUUGAACCACUUGAAAUAGAUCAUCUUCGUCAUGAUAUUAAACAAUUUGUCACUGAUCGUCGAUAUGAUCUUGGAGAAGAAUUAACAACAUCACAUCGUUUUGAAUAUGAUCAAACAAUAAUAGAUUUAUUAAAAAAUUUUGGUCAUAUUUUACCAAUUCAAAGAACACGUUCAACAUCAAUAUCAUCUGGAUUUAUGGAAACAAAUAUACCAACAACAGAAAAAUCAAUAAAAGAUGUAACAUCAGAAAAAGUAGAAAUAUCAAAGAUAAAUAAUCGCAUACCAUCAAUAUCAUCUUCAUCAAAUGAAGUUGGUUUUAUUAAUAAUCAAGAAAAACCAUUACCACAACGAAUUACUAAUAAUCAACAAUUGAAUGGUGAAGUUAUCAAUACUUCCGCAAAUGAUUAUGUUACCGGUGAUUAUCAUCAAAAUUUUGAUUCUUCACAAAAAACGAAUGGUUCUUUUCAAUAUUAUGAUGAUACAAAUAAUUUUCAAAAUGUUAAUCGUCGUCGAGCACAACAACAUUCUCAAGGUAAUUUUCAACAUCCACGUCCAAUACUUAAUUAUUAUAAUGGUAAUAAUCGUCGUAAUGGUUCAAAACAAAACAAUAAUCGUGUAGAUUUACCUAAUAACAGUAAACCAACAAAUACUUAUCGUCGUCCACGACCUCCACCUCAACCUUCUCAAUCCAUUGUUCAAGUACAAACUUAA